CGCUUUCCGUUAUUUCAGGAAGUGUUUGUGCUGUUGGUACCAAUUGCGCAGUAGUGCAGCACCACUGGUUCACAUAAAGAUAUUUAUUCUUUAACGUGGAUUAAAUUAAGGUCUAAAAAUGUCUGGGGGAACCCGUUUGGAGAACGCAAACCCUGUGAUUUUCCAGCGGUCGGGGGAGAGGCUGCUGACAGCGAACGAAGAGGAUGAAGACGUCCAUGACCCCAUCGACGACAGAGAAAUAUUCGAUCUGAUCAGAUCCAUCAACGACCCAGAGCAUCCUCUGUCUCUGGAGGAACUUAAUGUCGUGGAGCAAGUCCGAGUCAAGGUUAAUGAUGCAGAGAGCAUUGUGGGUGUUGAGUUCACACCCACCAUCCCUCACUGCAGCAUGGCAACACUCAUUGGUCUGUCAAUCAAAGUCAAGCUGCUACGCUCCCUGCCAGACAGGUUCAAAAUUGAUGUCCACAUCACUCCUGGGACUCACGCCUCAGAGGAAGCAGUGAACAAACAGCUGGCAGACAAAGAGAGAGUGGCUGCAGCUCUGGAGAACUCCUCGCUGCUGGAGGUGGUCAACCAGUGCCUGUCCACCAGGAGCAUCUGAGCAGCCAAUCAGCUUUGUCAUUUCCUGCUUUCAGCUACAGGUUGACAGCAGAACUGUUUGACAGCUGAGAUGUGUCUGCCAAGCUCUCUAUCCACUCAUCACCAAUCUUUGUGUGAAUAGCUGCAACUGGUGGACAUUAUGCAGCAAAGUCAAGAUCAUGCAGAGUUCAUACAGCCUGUUCGUGUUUCCUGGAGUAAAGGACAGGAAAACCCAAUGAACCCUUGAAUGCGUCCACCUAAAGAGAGUAAUAGAAACUUUUACUCAUCAUGCAGAAUAGUUUGGACAAAGCAGAGAAAUUAUACAUCCAUCUAUGAAUUUUAGGGUCAUCAGUGUGAAGAAGUUGAGAACCCAUUCAUUGCAAUUCCUGUUUUAUAUUAUUAAAUCUGUUAAGUAUAUUAAGUCUGCAGCAACAGUCCUAACCUGUAUAUAAUAUUAAUGCUUUUGACAUUUUAUUAAAGAUGUACAGCUCAGUAAUUAAAAAGA